CAACGGUUAACUAUCACUCUCCCUUUAAUUUUUCACUCAUUAGACUCCUACGUUGCACUUUGACACCAGAGGGGCUGGGGCAGCAGCAGUCAGGUUUUAUCACCGAGCAAAAGGACAUCUUUAACACUCCUCUCAUUUAUCCCCUUCGGUCGGCGGCAUUUAAGAGACCACGCUUCACACCAUGCGUGUUUGAGGGAUAUUUCUAUCUGGAUAUUUCUCACUAAAACAGGUGGAACAGUAACUUUUCAACCAUGCGGCCUCCGGUGGAAGUCAGCGUGUUCCUCCUCUCUCUGCUGGCUCCAGCAGUUUUGUACACUUUGAACAACAUACCUGCACUUCAAGAACCUCUUCCUAUCCUGGGAAUGGGAAUGGUUGUUCUGGGAUCAGUGCUCCUUCUCCUUCUUCUCACCGUGCAACACAAGGCUAAAGUGGACCCUUUAUUUUAUGCAUUUGCAGAGUUUUCCUUCACCUGCUUGGUGGGUCUGACUAAUGCUUUAGAGCAGGACGGGUUCAUCUCAGGCUUCAUGGGCUUCUACCUGAAGAGGGGUGAGCCUCAUCUGAGCACCGCCUACGCUAUAAUGAUGUCAUACUGGGAAGGCAUCUUCCACUACCUCCUUUUCCUUGUAAUCAUCCACCGGAUGUUUAAAGGGAAGUCAUAUCGUAGCCUUAGUCUGCUGUGGGCUGGCUCCUCCAUCGCUCAUCAGAUCAUUCUAAUCCCAGGAGUGGUUGUUGGUAAAUAUGGGUCUAACAUUAAACCAGCCUUCCUGAGGAACAUUCCCUUUGUUUUGGCUCCUUUCUGGGCAGCCUCGGUACUCUUUAGUCGACCCAGGGAGAUGCCCAUCAUCACAGCAGAUAAGAUUUCAGCAGAGCAGCGUAAAAGUCUGCUGCGUCGACCUGUUGACCUACUGCUGUCUCUGCUGUCACUCGGAGCGAUGGCUUUCUUAGCUUUCAGAGGCUUUGUGGUGCUGGACUGCCCAUUGGACGCCUGUUUCACAUACAUCUACCAGUAUGAGCCCUACCUCAAAGACCCUGUGGGCUUUCCCCGAGUGAUGAUGUUGGCGUAUUUGUUCUAUGCUCUGCCAAUGCUGAUCAUCUUCAUCUACGGUCUAAGAACACCUGGAUGCAGUUGGAUGUUGGACUGGACCAUCUUCUUUGCGGGGGCCAUGGCUCAGACUCAGUGGUGCCACAUUGGAGCAUCUUUUCACUCCCGCACUCCCUUCACAUACCGAGUCCCAGCAGAUAAGUGGUGGCCAGUUUUCACCCUCAAUGUACUGCUGGCUGUUGUGCCGACUCUUCUUACCCUUCGCUGCCACACAAACCCCGCAUAUUUUAUGAAACCGGUUACCAAAGGACAGACCAACAAGGAGAAGAAGAAAAAGUAGACCACGUAUUCAUGCUGCUGUGAUAGAAUACUUCACGCUGUGACAGAGCGAAUGUUUUCUGGGGACUCUUGUUGGCACACAAGCUGCAGUAAAGAACCAGUUUGUCAUCCCAAAGGAAAUCUAAAAGUGUUGCUUUCUGAGUCUACUGUUGAAAAUCAGUCACUUUGCUCUGCAGCGGCAGCAGCACUCCCUGCAUGGACUAUUGGACUCUGAUAAGAAGGCUGUGUUGAUGGAGAUGAGGACUGUGACUCAUGCAGACAGCAAAUUGGUUUCCUCCUAAACUAAGACUAUUGACCUGGAACAUACACGUCGGUCAUAUUUAUGUUGGUGUACAAAUCCUCACAAGAACUCCAUGGCUCCAUGGAGUAAAGUUUGUUCUUUUCAAUUUGUUAUUGACUGUCAGUGGAGGAUGUGUUUAGGUGUGUAUGAGUGCUUGAAAUAAUAGCAGAAAGCUUUGACGAGUUAAAAAGCCAGCCUCAUACUUAAUAUUGUCUAACAUAAUAAAUAAUUCUAUGAGAUGUCACUGUGGCUCAACAAACAUGUUUACCCCAUAUUUGAUUAUUUGGUCCAUAACUUUUUUUUUGGGCUUAAGUCUUCAAAAGUUAUAUUUUUUUGCCCAACCAACACUUCAAAACCUGAUCAAAUUCACUAUGCAACAGUAAAACUCACUUAAGUCUUUACACCGCACAAGCUGAAACUUCACUUCAUUUGGUGUCUUGUUUUUGUACAAUAAAGCAGAUAAAGCAUUAAAA